UGCGUAUCGCGUUAGGUUGUUAGAAAGUUAAUGGCUGGGGGAAAGAGAUCCUCCUCAACCCUCGCUUCGGGAGAGUUUCUGGAUUCCCUGAAGUAAAAUCACGUAAAUAUCCUAUAAGAAAGAGCCUGGACGGACGUUUAAGUCAACAACUAGCUCGUGAACACAAGUAUCGUGAACCUAAGUAUGCAGGAUGCAGUAACCGGGACGGCAAUGCUGACGGACGGCUUCGAGGACGAGAUUGACUCGGUGACUCCUCGCUCCCCAGUGGCAGGGAUGGGGGUAGGAGCGACACCAGGAGGAGUCGGACUAGGGGGCAUUGGGAUUGGUGUAGGUGGGAAGAAAGUACGUUUGUACGGCGAACAAGGUGGGCCUGCAACCGAAAGACUGGAUUUCAAACUGGCGGCCGCGGCCGUCCUCUCCUCGGGUCCAGGAUCCGGCAGCGACGAAGACGAGGUUUCAGAGGUGGAGUCGUUCAUUUUGGACCAGGAGGACCUGGAUAACCCCAUCAUGAAGACUGCGUCGGAGUUGCUUUUGUCCAGCGCCACAGACGGAGUAGAUUUGAGGACUGUUGAUCCAGAGACCCAGGCUCGACUUGAAGCACUACUGGAAGCUGCAGGCAUCGGUAAACUGUCAACUGCCGAUGGUAAAGCUUUUGCAGACCCUGAAGUGCUACGGCGACUGACCUCAUCCGUGAGUUGUGCCUUGGACGAAGCUGCGGCGGCCUUGACCCGUAUGAGAGCCGAAAACACACUAAACGCCGGCCAAGCCGACAAUCUGGUUAUUUUCAGCCGUAGUUUAGCGGAGGCCUGCUCAGAUGGGGACGUCAACGCUGUGCGCAAACUACUCGAUGAAGGAAGGAGCGUCAACGAACACACUGAGGAAGGAGAGAGCCUGCUGUGCCUCGCCUGCUCGGCAGGCUAUUAUGAACUUGCACAGGUUUUGUUGGCCAUGCAUGCGAACGUGGAGGACCGGGGCAUCAAGGGGGACAUAACGCCCCUCAUGGCUGCGGCCAGUGGCGGUUAUGUCGACAUCGUCAAACUGCUUCUAGUCCACGGGGCAGAUGUUAAUGCACAAUCCUCCACAGGCAACACAGCGUUGACGUAUGCGUGUGCCGGGGGCUUCGUGGAUGUGGUGAAGGUGCUGCUGAAAGAGGGCGCUAACAUCGAGGACCACAACGAGAACGGACACACACCUCUAAUGGAGGCGGCCAGUGCCGGUCACGUAGAAGUGGCCAGGGUACUCUUAGAGUAUGGCGCUGGCAUCAACACACACUCCAACGAGUUCAAGGAGAGCGCUCUCACACUUGCCUGCUACAAAGGUCACCUGGAUAUGGUGCGUUUUCUAUUGGAGGCCGGAGCAGACCAGGAACAUAAAACGGAUGAAAUGCAUACAGCUCUGAUGGAGGCGUGCAUGUCCCAGGACGGCCAUGUGGAGGUGGCACGGCUGCUGUUGGACAGCGGCGCGCAGGUCAACAUGCCAGCCGAUUCCUUCGAGUCGCCCCUCACCCUCGCGGCCUGUGGAGGACACGUGGAGCUGGCAGCCUUGCUCAUAGAGAGAGGAGCCAACUUGGAAGAGGUUAAUGAUGAAGGCUACACGCCUCUCAUGGAGGCAGCAAGAGAAGGCCACGAGGAGAUGGUGGCACUGCUGCUGGCCCAAGGUGCUAACAUCAAUGCCCAGACAGAGGAGACCCAGGAGACGGCUUUGACUCUGGCAUGCUGCGGAGGCUUCUUGGAAGUGGCAGACUUCCUCAUCAAGGCUGGCGCCGACAUUGAGCUAGGCUGCUCCACACCUCUAAUGGAGGCUGCACAGGAAGGCCAUCUAGAGUUGGUCAAAUACCUACUGGCUGCAGGGGCAAACGUUCAUGCCACAACGGCAACGGGUGACACAGCGCUGACGUAUGCGUGUGAGAACGGACACACUGAUGUGGCGGAUGUGCUGCUGCAGGCUGGAGCCAAUUUGGAACAUGAAUCUGAAGGAGGGCGGACGCCUUUAAUGAAAGCAGCAAGGGCAGGACAUCUCUGUACAGUACAGUUCCUUAUCAGCAAAGGUGCUAAUGUGAACAGAACCACUGCCAACAAUGACCACACAGUGGUGUCUCUGGCCUGUGCUGGAGGACAUUUGGCUGUGGUGGAGCUGCUGCUGGCACACGGGGCAGAUCCUACACACAGACUCAAAGAUGGUUCAACCAUGUUAAUAGAAGCUGCUAAGGGUGGACACACCAAUGUCGUGUCGUACCUGUUGGACUACCCCAACAACAUCCUGUCUGUCCCAGCUCCUGACCUUUCCCAGCUCACGCCCCCUGCGCAAGAUGUCUCUCAGGUUCCACGUGUCCCGUUCCAAGCUCUCGCCAUGGUAGUGCCCCCUCAGGAGCCCGACCGAGCCCCAUCGAGCAUUGUCACACCCUCGCCGGUCUCCAUCAAAGGUGUUUCAAAACAGAGACAAGCGGCCCUUCAGGGCGGUGUCCCCAGCUCAGUCGGCCGGGGGCCUGAACCAGAGCCACUGCCGCCCUUCCACUUGUGCCAGCCUCUAGAGUGCAUCGUGGAGGAGACUGAGGGGAAGCUGAACGAGCUAGGCCAGAGAAUCAGCGCCAUUGAGAAGGCCCAGCUUCAGUCGUUAGAGCUGAUUCAGGGGGAGCCGCUCACCAAAGACAAGAUUGAAGAGCUGAAGAAGAGCAGAGAGGAGCAGGUGCAGAAGAAGAAGAAAAUCCUGAAGGAGCUGCAGAAGGUGGAGCGCCAGCUGCAGCUGAAAACACAGCAACAGUUCACCAAAGAGUACAUGGAGGCAAAGGGUUUAAAAGAGGAGCAGGAGGCCGGACAGGGCCCAGGCCCAGGUCCCGGAAGUACAGCUCUUCCCACCAUAGAAGGUGCCCAAUUACACAGCAGCUCGGACACUGAUGAGGAGGCCAUUAAAGAUGAGGAGCAGCCAGGAGAGGAAGGGGAAGAGGAAGCGGAGGAGGAGGAGGAUGACGAUGACGAUGAUGAUGAUGAUGACGACGACGAAGAGGAGGGUUCGGAGGAAGAGGCUGAUGCAGAAGAGGGCGAUUACCCCAAACUUCCUCAGGUGGGCACCAUCCUCUACAGGGAUGGGCUGCAGCCGCCGCACCAGCCACCUCUGCCCCCUUCGCCGCAGGCCCAGCCCCAGCCUCCUCCACUGCCUCUUCAGACUGCCUUCGUCCCCAUCCAACCACUGCCCGACUACAACCCCGCGGACUACCCGGGAAGCACCAGCCCAGAGCUGCAGAGGGUACUGGUAGGGCAGCAGAUGCUGGGCCAACAACCACAACAUCCUCAUCAGCAGCAGGUUCAGGGUCAACAGUUAGGCCCAGGAAUGAUCGCUCAGCAAGCACCAGAUGGGCUCAUGGUAGCUAGACCUGCACAGACACUCACAGACACGCUGGAUGACAUCAUGGCAGCUGUGGGUAGCCGUGUGCCCAUGCUGAACCCUACAACCUCACCCACGCCCAUGUCCCAGCCGCCCACACAGAUGCCUGGAAACAUCGCCUCGCCCCCUUCUGUCCUGCCCCUCUACCCUUCUGUUGACAUCGAUGCGCAUACGGAGAGCAACCAUGACACAGCGCUGACGCUGGCGUGUGCAGGAGGACACGAGGAGCUUGUUUCCGUCCUCAUUGCACGGGGAGCAAACAUUGAGCACCGGGACAAAAAAGGUUUUACUCCUCUGAUCCUGGCUGCCACCGCCGGCCACGUUGGAGUGGUGGAGGUGCUCCUGGAUAAAGGGGGGGACAUUGAGGCUCAGUCAGAGAGAACCAAAGACACCCCCCUCUCGCUGGCCUGCUCCGGGGGACGCCAGGAGGUGGUUGAGUUGCUACUGCUUCGGGGAGCGAAUAAAGAACACCGCAAUGUGUCCGACUACACGCCUCUAAGCCUGGCUGCUUCUGGGGGUUACGUCAAUAUCAUCAAGAUUCUCCUCAAUGCUGGAGCUGAGAUCAACUCCAGGACUGGUAGCAAGCUAGGAAUCUCUCCUCUGAUGUUGGCCGCCAUGAACGGCCACGUGCCGGCAGUGAAGCUAUUGCUUGACAUGGGCUCGGACAUCAAUGCUCAAAUUGAGACCAACAGAAACACGGCUCUGACCCUAGCCUGCUUCCAAGGUCGGGCAGAGGUUGUCAGUCUGCUGCUGGAUCGCAAGGCCAACGUAGAGCAUCGUGCAAAGACUGGCCUCACUCCCCUGAUGGAGGCAGCCUCGGGAGGUUAUGCGGAGGUGGGCCGAGUGCUUCUGGACAAAGGCGCCGAUGUCAACGCUCCCCCUGUUCCCUCGUCCCGAGACACAGCCCUUACCAUUGCUGCUGACAAGGGCCACUACAAGUUUUGUGAGCUGCUCAUCAACAGGGGUGCCCAUAUCGACGUACGGAACAAGAAAGGGAACACCCCUCUCUGGCUGGCGGCAAAUGGAGGUCACUUUGACGUGGUCCAGCUCUUGGUACAUGCCAGUGCUGAUGUGGAUGCAGCCGAUAACCGCAAGAUUACCCCACUCAUGUCGGCUUUUCGCAAGGGUCAUGUGAAGGUGGUGCAAUAUCUUGUAAAGGAGGUCAACCAAUUCCCAUCAGAUAUUGAGUGCAUGAGAUAUAUCGCCACUCUCGCUGACAAGGAGCUGUUGAAGAAGUGCCACCAGUGCAUGGAGACCAUUGUCAAAGCCAAAGACCAGCAAGCGGCCGAGGCCAAUAACAACGCUAGCAUUCUCCUCAAGGAGCUAGACUUGGAGAGGUCCCGAGAGGAGAUCAAGAAGCAGGCCCUGGCUGCUAAGCGUGAGAAGCGCAAGGAGAAACGCAAGAAGAAGAAGGAGGAGCAGAAGAGGAAGCAGGAGGAAGAGGGCGGGCAGAAAACCACGGAUGACUUCUGUGAGAUGCUGGAGCAGAAGGAGAAUUCAGAUGACGAAGAAGAGGUUCCAAUUGAGCCCCCUAGUGCAACCACCACCACCACCAUUGGUAUAUCCGCCACCUCCACCACUUUCCCUACAGCGUUUGGUAAGAAGCGAGCGAGUGUGGCCACCACCCCGAGCGCCAAUCGCAAGAACAAAAAGAACAAGACCAAGGACUCGCCCAACGAAACCAUCAUAUUACAGGAUUCGCAGGUUGCACUAGCACAGCACAAGGCGGACAAGAACAAGAUUCACGGCGAGCCGCGGGGCGGGGGAGGGGGACUGGCGGGUGGAAACAGCGAUUCUGACCCCUUGGAUAGCACUGACUGUGCCAGCGAGAGCAGCAGCAGUGGGGGCAAGAGUCAGGAGCUAAACUACCUCCCUGACCUCACCUCAUCCGCCUCCUCGUCCUCCUCUUCCUCGUCCUCCUCUUCCUCAGUUCCCUCCUCAGGAGCAACCCAGGGCCACCUGCGCGGCCUAGAGAAGAGACACUGUCCACAGCCGCAAACCGACUGCAAGGUGGACAACAAGGUCACGGUCUCCAUCUCAAAAUCAACGCAAAAAGCUCAAGAUACGAGCGACUCCACCUGCAACUCAUUGCCUUCCCCAUUCAAGACUAUGUCUCUUCCCAUCACCUCGCCCAACAGUAAGCUCAGCCUCACAAGCCCCAAGAGAGGCCUGAAGAGAGAAGAGGGUUGGAAAGAAGUCGUCAGAAGAUCAAAGAAGCUGUCUGUGCCGGCCUCCGUCGUGUCUCGCAUCAUGGGCCGAGGAGGUUGCAACAUCACAGCAAUCCAGGACGUGACGGGAGCACACAUAGAUGUAGACAAACAGAAGGACAAGAACGGGGAGAGGAUGAUCACCAUAAGAGGCGGGACGGAGUCUACGAGGUAUGCGGUCCAGCUGAUCAACGCUCUUAUCCAAGACCCCGCCAAAGAGCUUGAGGAUCUCAUCCCAAGGAAUCACAUCAGAGUCCCCAAAACCCCCUCCUUCCCCAGUAGUGCUGGGGCCGGCAGCGGCUCAGCCACUGGGCCGAAGGCUCUGAGCUCGCUGGUCACCUCCGCAGGCGUCUCGUUCCAGUCCUCUUCGUCCUCGUCUUCGCCCUCCUCUCAGGCCGGGGGAAAGCUUGGGAAGGGGCUGUCGUCAAAUGUCAGACAGCCCUUCCCUGUGUCUCUGCCCUUGGCGUAUGCUCACCCUCAGCUGGCUCUACUGGCUGCUCAGACCAUGCACCAGAUCAGACACCCUCGUCUCCCCAUGGCUCAGUUCGGGGGCACCUUCUCUCCCGCCGCCAGCACCUGGGGGCCCUUCCCCGUGCGUCCUGUGAGUCCUGGCAGUGCCAACAGCUCCCCCAAACACAAUGGAGGAACCAACAGCACUGGAGGCCAGGCCAGACCCAACUCGACCCACGGUGAGCACAGCAACGCGGCCAGCUCAGGAGCCGGGGUCACUACCACCAACACCACCGGCGCCAGUGCUCCUAAUGCUGCCUCAGCUGCAGCCUCGCCUCAUACCCCUAAUCCUACUCCGUACAAUCCCCAGCCAAGCGUUCCCACUCCUUCCUCCGUCAGAAAACAGCUGUUUGCCCCUGACCAUAAGCCGGCUGUGUGUGUCGCUGCCACCACAACAAGUGGCAGCAGCGCAGUACGAGGCACAGGUUCUCCUGCACAUCACAGCUCCACUACAACUGCCGCCGACGGCCCUCAACAUCUUGUUGGAGCAAACUCGCAGCCCCACAUCCAGCUUACUAAAACAGAGCCCAGUGCCGUUGCCCCUCCCGGAAAAGACAAGCCCUCUCUCUCCGUGGAGAACCAGGCCGUCUCUGUCAGUGAGAGCAUCAACUCUGUGGGUUUCAGUGCCCCCGCCAUGGCUUUACCUCCCAAGCCAGAGACUCGACAGCAGUUGCCUCCUCCCCCCUCCUCCGCAUCAUCCACCGAGGCUCCACCACCCCUCCUCAAUCCACAGCCCAGCUCCCACCACCCCUCAGCGCCUCCUCCUGCCCUGUCACACAAUGUUGCGCACCCAAACAACACUGUGCCCCACUUCUCAGCCCCUGCACCCAGAGUCUCCCAUCGUAUGCAGCCACAAGGGCCUUACUAUUCCCUCCCUGAGCAGCAGCAGACGCAACAGCAAUCUGUGUUCGUACCCUUCAAUGCUCAGCAAGAUAGCCUGAAGCAGACCCCAAACCAGAUGUCCCAGCAGGCAAAUUUGCCUCCACAAGCCCAGAACCACGGUCAAGGCUCCCUUCAGGUGUCUACAAACAUGGGGAUGAUGAACGGUUCCCAGAUGCAGCAUGUGGCGGGAAAGCCUCAGCAGAUGCCUCCCAACUUUGGUCAUGCUGGCCUCUUCAACUUCAGCAGUAUCUUUGAUAACAACAGCCAGGUUGGAAACAAUCAGGUGUGGGGUGCUUGCCAUCUGCCAGCUCGAUCGCCUCCAGAGCAGUCAUACUCAGUUCCACCAGCCUACAUGAGCAUGGGCCAAAUAGAGAAUAUGAUGGCCCCGCCUCCCCCGGACGGCUCCAAAGCCCCAGGGUACCGCUCUGCCUCACAGAGGAUGGUCAACAGCCCCAUUGCAUUGACGAGCUACGCCACCAGUAUCUCUGGCAGCCCUGUGUAUCUGCACGGUCCUACACCAGUCGGCACACCUUCAUUCAGCAGACAGCACUUUUCCCCUCACCCAUGGAGUGCAUCAACAUCAGGUGAAUCUCCUGUCCCUCCUCCAUCAACAGUGUCAUCCUCCGCCCUUUCCACCUCUGCUCCACCUCCUCCCCAGCCUAAGCAAGGCAGCUCCUCACAGCAGGACCGCAAGGUUCCCCCACCCAUCGGCACUGAGCGGCUGGCCAGAAUCAGGCAGACCGGUUCUGUCAACCCACCUCUCCUCACCACCAGCUACACGGCGUCUGUUGGACAGGGAGGCAUUUGGUCAUUCGGGGUUGGCAGUGCUUCGGAAGCCAUGUCCGGUUGGUCCCAACCCCUGAUGAGCAGCCACAUGAUGCACCCUCAGCUGCACACGGAGCAGUCAGCGUUUUCCCAGCACCAGCCCAUGGAGCAGGACGACACAGGCAUUGCGAACCCCGCUAACAACUACCACCAGCCUCAGCAUUUGCCCAACAGUUACAUGGACUUCCCAAAGGGAAUGCCUAUGUCGAUGUAUGGAGGCAUGCUGCCCCCUCAUCCUCCCAUGGCAGAGGGGCCGGGUGCACCAAUGUACAAUGGUUUGCACGCUAGUGACCCUGCAUGGAGCCCCAUCAUCAAAGUGGUCCCAAACAACGCAGAUAACUCUGAUCCGCAGCAGCAGGUGUGGCCUGGUACCUGGGCACCUCAUGUGGGAAAUGUGCACCUGAACCACGUCAACUAGACGGCGUCCACAGCAAUCAAACGCACACAGCAUGACCUAGAGCGCAAACAUUAAUUACCAACUGACGAAUAUGACCGAAUAAGACAAGAAAAAAGAAAACGUGCAACGUGUUAACCUUAGUAGAGACCUGAGAGUGCAGAGCAGAAGUUGAAGAAUCGGAAGUUCUCUUGACACCAUUCUUUGAUGUGCCUAUCUCAAACAAAGAAAGCGAAAUAGUUCGAGAGCUGUUAGCAGUGUCCUGAUGAAGCAAACAAACAAGCGCGAUCACCUGUUAAACAGGAUCCAUUCUCUGCGUAGUUUAGCGAUUUUGACUUAAACCCACAUACACCGUUCUUGGGCUGCAGGGGGCUCAACAUGAAGUAGCUAUUUAAACUUGGUCCAGAACUAGAUGAUGAUUACCUAAAGAGAAAGAGAAAUCAGAACCUUUUAGAGUGGUAAAUACAUGUAUAAUUGUUUACAUACUAAAAAGGGUUAAAAUGAGAGUAAAUUUCAUGUCGUAUAGUGGCUCUACUUUAUGUAGCCUGUAUUAAUGUGAAAUAUUUACCUUAAUAUUCAAUAAAAAGAUUGAAAAGUA